AAUUAUAUCGAUCUCUGUCUUUCUCUUUUAUCCCUUGAAAUAUUCUGCUGCUGGCGUGUUUCUGUCAACUUGCUGGCAAAUUUUGCAAUUUUUUAUUAAAUAAAGUAAUAAUUUAAAUCUAAAACAAUGUACGGUGGUGAAGAUUACAAUAAUCAGGAUAUUUAUGAUGAUUAUGGGCAUACUGGCGAUCCACAAUUGGACAUGGAAUACGAACGCAAUUACUAUUCCAAGCAGAUGCCGGAGAAUGUCAAGUAUUUCUUGAUUAACUUCUGCCAGGCCAUUAAGGAGGGAGUGAUCUUCGACAUCCAGAACAUGUACGAGAAUACCUUCCCUCAGAUCAGUGAUCAUCAUUUCGAUAAGAGUGCUUGGCCCGAUGAGCAAGAAGUAUCGGCUUUGGUUGAGCACGAUAAAGUUUUCCUGAUUUUAUAUAAAGAAUUGUACUAUCGCCACAUCCACGCCCGUAUUCCAGGUGGACCGAAAUUGGAACAGCGUAUCAAUUCGUUCUUCAACUACUGCGACUUUUUCAACUUAAUUAUCUCAUCGCCCAGCCCAGUUUUGCUUGAAUUACCCGACAUUUGGCUUUGGGAAUUGGUUGAUGAAUUUGUGUACCAGUUCCAGAACUUUGCUCAAUACAGAGCACGUCUCGCCGACAAGAGCCAAGAAGAAAUUCAACAGCUUUGCGUACAGCACAACAACGUUUGGAGUAUUUUGUGCAUUUUGAAUGUCCUUCACUCCCUUGUGGACAUUUCAAACAUUAAAAAACAAUUGCUAGCUAUUUCACAAGGCAAUGAUCCCCAAACUGUUGCUGGGGAGUUCGGAGAACAUUCCUUCUACAAGAUGUUGGGAUACUUUUCGCUGGUUGGACUUCUCCGCGUUCAUUCUCUACUGGGAGACUACUACCAGGCUAUUAAAGUACUUGAGCCAAUUGAGAUUCACAAGAAAUCUCAAUACUCGCACAUCCCAGCGUGCCAAAUAUCAACAUCCUACUAUGUUGGUUUCGCUUACAUGAUGAUGCGCCGCUACGCUGAUGCUAUCCGAACAUUCUCAGAUAUUCUCUUGUAUAUCCAGCGCACCAAGCAGUUGUACAGCACACGCUCGUAUCAAAACGAUCAAAUUAACAAGCAAGCCGAACAAAUGUACCACCUUUUGGCUAUUUGCUUGGUCUUGCAUCCACAAUGCAUCGACGAGUCAAUUCAGCAAGUUUUGAGGGAAAAGAACUAUCAGGACAAUAUGUACAAGAUGCAAUGUGGUGACUUGGAGGCCUUUAAAAUGUUCUUCCUCUUUGCUUGCCCACGGUUUGUGAGCCCAUGCCCACCAUCAGUAGACGCACCCAUGGAGGAUUACGUCAAGGAUCCAAUGGAACAUCAAUUGCAGGUCUUUAUGGAUGAAGUGCGUCAGCAGAAGGAUGUGCCAACUACCAGGUCUUAUUUGAAAUUGUACACUACAUUGCCAUUGGAGAAAUUGGCGUCAUUCAUUGAUGCUAAGACCGAUGAUGAAAUUAAGACCCUUCUCAUUCGUUUAUUGUGUUUCAAACACAAAAUGAGGAAUCUCGUUUGGACAAAAGGUUCAAAUGGUCUUGAAGGGCAAUUCCAAUCUGGCUCUGAACUUGACUUCUAUAUCGAUAAUGACAUGAUUCAUAUUGCGGAUACAAAAGUUUCGCACAGAUACGGGGACUUCUUCAUAAGGAAAAUCUUGAAAUUUGAGGAUCUUAAUCGCAAGUUGAAAAACAUUACAAUUUAAAGGAGAAAGCCUUGGAAGUAGACUAUUUUUCCCAUUCGUAUUUUAAUAAAAAUAAAACGAAAAUAUGUUUCUUUUUCAAAUUAUAUACAAUAAAGAACCACACAGAAGAAGAAAUUUAAAAA